AUGACAGAGACUUGUGGGAUAAUUUCAAUAGAGAACACGAAGAUAGGUUCUCACCAUUCUGGUUCAACUGGGGUGCUUGUUCCUGGAGUUGAGUCUCAAAUAAUAGAUAUAAAUUCCAAGAAAUCUCUCCCACCUUUCCACAAAGGGGAAAUUUGGGUGCGCGGGCAAAAUAUGAUGCAAGGUUAUCUCAAAAAUUCGAAGGCCACGACAGAAACUAUUGAUAAACAAGGUUGGUGCAAAAGCUAUCAGGUGGCACCGGCAGAGCUCGAAGAGCUUCUUCUUACUCACCCCGAAAUAACAGAUGCUGCUGUUAUCCCAUUCCCGGACGCCGAAGCUGGUGAAGUCCCAAUUGCAUACAUUGUCCGGUCAUCCAACAGCUCACUGUCUCAAGAAGAGGUUAAAAGAUUUAUAGCAGAGCAGGUUGCACCGUUCAAGAGAUUGCGAAGAGUGAUUUUUAUCGACAACAUUCCGAAAUCAGCCUCGGGAAAGAUUCUGAGAAGAGAGUUGAGACAGAAAAAUCUAUCGAAACUGUAA